AUGGCGCCCACCACCACCCCGUACUUCCGGCCCUCAAACCAUGCCCAAGGCUUGGCCAAUUAUCCCCAUGCGCGAAUUGUGCCAUCGAACAACGGACAAGGAUCAUACAUUUACGUCUCGGGAACCUCUUCCCGCCUCGGGGAUGGCACAUUUGUCGGCGCCACUCGCACGGAAGAUGCCACUGGAAAGGUCAAUCUUGAACUAGACAUCCGGAAGCAAACCGCCUCAGUUCUGUCCAACAUACAUGCAGACAUCGAAGCGGCCUCGGAAGGAAAGGCAGGAAUUCACAACGUCGUCGACGCGACUGUCUUUUUGACCAGCAUAAAGGGCGACUAUUCGGGCAUGAACGAGGAGUGGAACCGCGUGUGGCCGGAUCGCAAUACGGCGCCCGCCCGGACAACGGUUGAGGUGCGCGCGUUGCCACGUGAAGAAAUCCUGGUGGAAAUUAAGUGUGUGGCGUAUUAUCAAUAG